AAACAUUCAUUGUAUAAAAAUGGCGUCGAAAGGAAGAAAAGAUGCUGUCACUUUAAGGAAAAUUUCUAAACCCGUGAUAAGCACCGAUGUCAUGGGUAAUAGAAAUGUAGAAGUAAGAGCGGUGGGUGCCUGGGUUGAAGCCGAGCCUGCUUUACGUGAACCAGAAGCAGUGAUAUCUGCCCAGGAAGAAGAAAUAAGACUGCGGCAAGUACAGCUGGAAAAGCAGGCAAGACUGAAGCACUUCCAGGCAGAAGUUCGCAAGAGAGUCAACAAGCUGGACAAACUCAAGAAACAGAGUCAGCUGGAAACUAACUAUAGAGCUGCAGAACAUGAGCGUAACGUAGUGGGUCAAAGUGCCUUCUCAUCUCAAGACUCUGCUAAGAAAGACACCAGCCUCGUACGUCCCCACACAGCUCUUGGGAUCAUCAAGGCUGCUAAACAUCAGAAAGAUUCAGAAAAUCCACACAGUAGUUUGGAUUUGCAAGCAUUCUGUGAUCAAACAAAUCAGGUUCACCGGCAUGUCAGCCAUGCUAAGAAAAAUCUAGUCUCUCGUCGUGUCAUAACUGAAAACUUUGUGGCUGAUGAUUUGCCUGGGGGUGUGUGGAAGAUCUCCAAGACAAGAGAUGUGUGUGGCUUUAAAAAGGAAUAUGUCAGACCGCACCCGUCAUCCCGUUACACAGUUGAUGGUGAGGAGUUUGACAUUCUGGAUGAUCAGCUGAUAGAGAAGGUCAAGGUUGUCAACAAUAAAGAAUACAAUUUUGACGACAAUGUCGAAGCAGUUGAUGAACACUUAAGGGACAGCAGUGAUAAGGAGAAUGAUGUAGUUCAUGAGGAGUUACCUGUCCCUAGCACAAAGAAAUUUGUCAGAAAGGUCCAGUUUGAUGAUCAACCCAGAGAGUAUUCUAGAAGGCCACAAACUGUUACUUCAUUCACUGGUACAGAUUUGAACAGGAAUUUGCCGCUGUUAAGGGUCCCAAAUAUUUACGAGGGUGUCGAGACAGAAGAAGAGAAGAGGCGCGCACGGGCUCAACAGGCGAUGUAUCGUCGACUCUUCAUGGACAUCGAACGAGAGCAGGUGAAGGAAAAUCUGAGGCGACAGGAGCAUCGUAAACGAAUCAUUAAACUUAAGAAAGAGAAGGAGGAGGAGCGGGUUAGAGAGGAGCAGAUUUCAGAGCAGCUCGUGGAACCUCGAGACCCGGUUACCGGGGAAACCAGCACAGAGGCAUUGGAGCGUGAAGAGCAGGAUAAACAGUUCAUACGACGGACCAUACGGGAACAUGAACGACGUGCGCAGAAGUCCAAGGAGAUGGAGCGGUACAUUGGAGCGUUACGGGAGCAGCUAAAGGACAAGGUGCGACGACGCGGUGUUGAGUUACCUCCCCUCUGUUGUUGUGGCGACUCUAUCUGGGACACUAACCCAGAAACGUGUGCUAACAACUGCGUUUUCUAUAAAAAUCCAAAAGAGUAUGGACGGGCGCUUCAGGCCAUGCUGGAUUCCAGUGACUUUCUAACAUCUUGAUGACUGAUGACUGAUGCUGGAUUCCAGUGAUUUUCAAACAUCUUGAUAACUGAUGACUUAACGAUUAUAGGAUUAGAUGUUGGGAAUGGAAAUAACUGAAUAGAAGCUGCCAAAAAAAGUCCAGAAUUGAUCAAAUGUAUCUGCACUGUUAUGCAAUAAUUGCGCUUGAAUAUCACAUGUUAGAUGGUGUAUAUUGGUUUAUUUAUUUCAUAACAAAAUGAGCAUGAGAAUUAAGUGUGUGAUGUUCAAUUAAUCAUGCGUAGUGUGCGCAAUACUUUUUGGAUGGAGAUGAAUAUUGAAAAACACCAGUGUUAUUGUUUAAACUGCUUGCCAUUGAAUCUGGAUCUUUAUUUUAUAUUAACAUGUUUAACUAUGACAGACACUGGCAACGAGUAAACAAUCAUGAAGAUAUGCGAGUAAUGUUUCAUUAUAUUGAGCUACACAUUCCAGACUUGUGUGUGCACUUGAAUGCAGCUUUUUUGGCAUAAGCAUAACAUUUUAAAAGUUUUUGGAGUAAACUUCUUCUCAAAUUAUCAAGGGAUUAAAUUGGCAAUUGAAGUAUGUCAUCACCGAAAAAUGUAGGUGAGAAGCAUAGUGAUUAAUUCAUUUCUCAGUUUUUAUGCCCCCCUUCGAAGAAGAGGGGGUAUAUUGCUUUGCUCAUGUCGGUCAGUCGGUCGGUCUGUCGGUCGGUCCGUCCACCAGGUGGUUGUCAGACGAUAACUCAAGAACGCUUAGGCCUAGGAUCAUGAAACUUCAUAGGUACAUUGAUCAUGACUCACAGAUGACCCCUAUUGAUUUUGAGGUCACUAGGUCAAAGGUCAAGGUCACUUUGACCCGAAAUAGUAAAAUGGUUUCCGGAUGAUAAUUCAAGAACGCUUAUGCCUAGGAUCAUGAAACUUCAUAGGUAGAUUGAUCAUGACUAGCAGAUGACCCCUAUUGAUUUUCAGGUCACUAGGUCAAAGGUCAAGGUCACGGUGACCCGAAAUAGUAAAAUGGUUUCCGGAUGAUAAUUCAAGAACCCUUAUGCCUAGGAUCAUGAAACUUGAUAGGUAGAUUGAUCAUGACUAGCAGAUGACCCCUAUUGAUUUUCAGGUCACUAGGUCAAAGGUCAAGGCCACGGUGACCCGAAAUAGUAAAAUGGUUUCCGGAUGAUAACUCAAGAAGGCUUAUGCCUAGGAUCAUGAAACUUGAUAGGUACAUUGAUCAUGACUGGCAGAUGACCCCUAUUGAUUUUCAGGUCACUAGGUCAAAGGUCAAGGUCACAGUGACCCGAAAUAGUAAAAUGGUUUCCUGAUGAUAACUCAGGAAAGCUUAUGGCUAGGAUCAUGAAACUUCAUAGGUACAUUGAUCAUGACUCGCAGAUGACCCCUAUUGAUUUUCAGGUCACUAGGUCAAAGGUCAAGGUCACAGUGACAAAAAACAUAUUUACAAAAUGGCUGUCACAACAACUUAGAGCCCAUAUGGGGGGCAUGCAUGUUUUACAAACAGCCCUUGUUUUCCCUUAAACUUAGCCAUGGUCAUGGUUGCUAUGCUUGUGAUCCCUUAAACGUAGGCAUGGUCAUGGUUACUAUGCCUGUGACCCCUUAAACUUAGCCAUGGUCAUGGUUGCUAUGCUUGUGAUCCCUUAAACGUAGUCAUGGUCAUGGUUACUUUGCCUGUGACCCCUUAAACUUAGCCAUGGUCAUGGUUGCUAUGCUUGUGAUCCCUUAAACGUAGUCAUGGUUACUAUGCCUGUGGCCCCUUAAACUUAGCCAUGGUCAUGGUUGCUAUGCUUGUGAUCCCCUAAACGUAGUCAUGGUCAUGUUUACUUUGCCUGUGACCCCUUAAACAUUGCCAUGGUCAUGGUUGCUAUGCUUGUGUUACCUUAAAUGUAGUCAUGGUCAUGGUUACUUUGCCUGUGACCCCUUACACUUUGCCAUGGUCAUGGUUGCUAUGCUUGUGAUCCCUUAAACGUAGUCAUGGUCAUGGUAACUUUGCCUGUGACCCCUUAAACUUAGCCAUGGUCAUGGUUGCUAUGCUUGUGAUCCCUUAAACGUAGUAAUGGUUAUGGUUACUUUGCCUGUGACCCCUUAAACUUAGCCAUGGUCAUGGUUGCUAUGCUUGUGAUCCCUUAAACAUAGUCAUGGUCAUGGUUACUUUGCCUGUGACCCCUUAAACUUAGCCAUGGUCAUGGUUGCAAUGCUUGUGAUCCCUUAAACGUAGUCAUGGUCAUGGUUACUUUGCCUGUGAACCCUUAAACUUAGCCAUGGUAGUGGUUGCUAUGCUUGUGAUCCUUAAACGUAGUCAUGAUCAUGGUUACUUUGCCUGUGACCCCUUAAACUUAGCCAUGGUCAUGGUUGCUAUGCGUGUGAUCCCUUAAACGUAGUCAUGGUCAUGGUAACUUUGCCUGUGACCCCUUAAACUUAGCCAUGGUCAUGGUUGCUAUGCUUGUGAUCCCUUAAACGUAGUCAUGGUCAUGGUUACUUUGCCUGUGACCCCUUAAACUGAGCCAUUGUCAUGGUUGCUAUGCUUGUGAUCCCUUAAACGAAGUCAUGGUUACUUUGCCUGUGACCUCUUAAACUUAGCCAUGGUCAUGGUUGCUAUGCUUGUGAUCCCUUAAACGUAGUCAUGGUCAUGGUUACUUUGCCUGUGACCCCUUAAACUUAGCCAUGGUCAUGGUUGCUAUGCUUGUGAUCCCUUAAACGUAGUCAUGGUCAUGGUUACUUUGCCUGUGACCCCUUAAACUUAGCCUUGGUCAUGGUUGCUAUGCUUGUGAUCCCUUAAACGUAGUCAUGGUCAUGGUUACUAUGCCUGUGACCCCUUAAACUUAGCCAUGGUCAUGGUUGCUAUCUUGUGAUCCGUUAAACGUAGUCAUGGUCAUGGUUACUUUGCCUGUGACCCCUUAAACUUAGCCAUGGUCAUUGUUGCUAUGCUUGUGAUCCCUUAAACGUAGUCAUGGUUACUUUGCCUUUGACCCCUUAAACUUAGCCAUGGUCAUGGUUGCUAUGCUUGUGAUCCCUUAAAUGAAGUCAUGGUCAUGGUUACUUUGCCUGUGACCCCUUAAACUAAGCCAUGGUCAUGGUUGCUAUGCUUGUGAUCCCUUAAACAUAGUCAUGGUUACUUUGCCUUUGACCCUUUAAACUUAGCCAUGGUCAUGGUUGCUAUGCUUGUGAUCCCUUAAACGUAGUUAUGGUCAUGGUUACUUUGCCUGUGACCCCUUAAACUUAGCCAUGGUCAUGGUUGCAAUGCUUGUGAUCCCUUAAACGUAGUCAUGGUCAUGGCUACUUUGCCUGUGACCCCUUAAACUUAGCCAUGGUCGUGGUUGCUAUGCUUGUGACCCUUUAAACUUAUCCAUGGUUGUGGUUACUAUGCUUGUGACCCCUUCAACUUAGCCAUGGUCAUGGUUGCUAUGCUUGUGACCCCUUUAACUUAGCCAUGGUUGUGGUUACUAUGCUUGUGACCCCUUUAACUUAGUCAUGGUUGUGGUUGCUACGCUUGUGACCCCUUUAGCUUAUCCAUGGUCGUGGUUACUAUGCUUGUGACCCCUUUAACUUAGCCAUGGUCGUGGUUACUAUGCUUGUGACCCCUUUAACUUAGCCAUGGUCGUGGUUGCUAUGCUUGUGACUCCUUUAGCUUAUCCAUGGUCGUGGUUACUAUGCUUGUGACCCCUUUAACUUAGCCAUGGUUGUGGUUGCUACGCUUGUGACCCCUUUAGCUUAUCCAUGGUCGUGGUUACUAUGCUUGUGACCCCUUUAACUUAGCCAUGGUUGUGGUUGCUAGGCUUGUGACCCCUUUAGCUUAUCCAUGGUCAUGUUUACUAUGCUUGUGACCCCUUUAAUUAGCCAUGGUUGUGGUUGCUACGCUUGUGACCCCUUUAGCUUAUCCAUGGUCGUGGUUACUAUGCUUGUGACCCCUUUAACUUAGCCAUGGUUGUGGUUGCUACGCUUGUGACCCCUUUAACUUAGCAAUGGUCGUGGUUAUUAUGCUUGUGACAAAGCUGUGCUGGUUAUUUUAAGUCAUGUUUGUAUAAUUGUUAACAAAAUACAGUAUUUUAGAGCUUUUCUUUUUUGUCUUUCGUGGUUGACGGUCCCUUGAAGCAUUUUACUUGUCCCUGUGUCUGUCGGUGCUAACAUUGAUACAUAUGUCCCAAAGCCUGUGUGUCGAACUCCUUUUUAACUGUUUGAUAGAUCUCAAUCAAACUUAAACAGUUGAAUGACCUUUAUGUGUAAAUGAUUUUAAUGAAAUGAAUCUUGUCAGCAAUAAGUUGUGGCAAAAUGUUUGUGGCUUUGUCUGUUUUUCUACUAUAGAAUAUACAAUCUCAAUUUUUUGUAUUUUCAUAUCCUGUUUUUGAAUUACAGAGUGAAUCUAUUUCAAACUUCCACAGUUUAAUAUGUAUAGAUUAUCAUCAUUUUGUAAAAAAAAAGAAUGCUUGCUUAGACGAGUUUUUGCAGAAUUAUUGAUAUGUAUCUUAUUAUGUUUUACUAUUAUAGAAUUUAUGUUCCAAAUAUUUGGCUUUUGAAUUGCCUUUUAACUCUAAGUGAAUCUCGCUCAAACUUUCACAGUUAAAUGACUUCAAUAUGCUUUUGAUCAUUUAAAAAGUUAUUUUGAAUAUGAAAAUUCUUGGCUGAAUUAUUCCUCUUUGUUGUUUGUCCACUAUAAAAUAUUCAGCGGAUUUGUAUGUGUCCAAACAUGUGUUGAGAGGGCAUCAGAUUCUGUGACAAGUUUCCUAUUUGUUACAUAAAUGGAUCAACAUUAAUGACCUUUUUAUUUUCAUGUAAUCCCAUUUUAAACUUGUUAUAUAUCUAUAGUUGAAUAAAUGAGUGUUAUCAUUGUAAUAUCCAGUAUUCUAACAGGAUACUUUUUGGUCAGCAUUAUACACAAUGAGUACAAUAAGCUAAGCAUAAUAAAGCUAUGUAAAGUCUUCAUUUUAAGUGCAGAAAUUGGUAGAAAAUCGUGUUUGAUUUGAAAUAGUUUUCCAUUGUUAUUUAUUGGCAAAAAAAUCCUUUACUUGAAAGCUUUUAAACAGUGAUAAAUAAACAACACUAUUUCUUACAAUGUACUAACUUAUUGUCACUGGUGACUGUGUAAAAUUAUUAUGUCCUUCAUCAAGAACAGGGGGUAUACUAGUUUUGUUUUGCUGGAUUUUGGUCAGGCAGUCUGUUACCCAUCAAUAACUUAUGACAGGAUUGACCAAUUUGCUUUAUACUGCCCAUGUGCAUUUGCCUUAUAUCUCCAAACCGUGGCACUCUUGUUACACUUGUCUAAAAACAUACAUAACAACGAGUUUAAAACCUGCUUAAUUGAAAUAACAAAAGUAUUACUUUUUUUAUUGCGAUUUUGUAACAUACCGAAAUGGUGUAAUAUAAAAAAGAUUGCCAUUUUUUGUAGAAUAGCACAUACAAACUAUUGUUUAAGUUAUUUCUUGCUGAUAAAGGCAACACAUAACAUACAGUUUUGGUAUUUGGGAUGUAACUAUAUGACAUUAACCAACAACAUUUAUUCCACUAUGGUCAAAACUGACAACGCCUUAGGGGUCAUUUGGUAUGUAAAGACUUUUAAAUUUAAAUUAACUUUGAAAGCCUUCUCUGAAACAGCAAAGUCAAGAGGUAUAAUAUUUUGCAUCCAGCAUCAUAUAGUGAACCUCUACUAAGUUUGUUCAAAUUAUGCCCCUGGGGUCAAUCGGCCCUGUCUGGGGGGUGGGGGUAUUUUGUCGUAAAUUAUAUAGCAUGAUAAGGAAAAAAACGUCUUGGAAGCCAUGAAGCACCCUGUUUUUAGGUUUGGUAUGUACAUCAGACAUACGAUUAUGUUUUUUUUUUACAAAGAUUGUUCAAAUUAUGCCCCUGAGUUUGAAAGUGGCAAUACCCCAUUACACAGGUGAGCGAUCUAACUAGGGUCAUCUUGGCCUCUUGUUGUGAGAUACUGAUAAGGGAUUUAAUUGUCCCCUACCGAUGAAACCGGACGGGACUUAUGGUUUGCGCUCGGUCUGUCAGUCUGUCACUUUUCUGGAUCCUGAGAUAACUUUAAAAGCCCUUCAUAUUUUUUCAUGAAACUUGAAACGUGGAUAGAUGGCAAUAUGGAGAUUAUGCACGUCAUUUAAUUUCGUUCUCACGUCAAGAAGUAUGGUUGCUAUGGCAACAAAUAUAUAAAAUAAAUAAAAAACACUGACAAUGGUGGAGUUUCACUGGUAGGGGACCAUAUUUCUUGGCAAUCUCUUGUAACUAACUGUUUUAUGGUCAUUUGACUCGAACUAUGUAUUUGGAUGUAUAUUAUGUAUGAAUUAUUAUGCUCUGUGAUAUAUUUUAGACGCUAUGUGUUGAAUAAAACAAUGCCAGAUGA